AGUCCACGGGACACAGUCUGCACAGCUAGCCACCGACCUCCGCUGCUCCUCUACCGACAACAUGCUGAAGCUGGUUGUGCUGCUGCCCCUGGUGUUCGCCGCCGCGUCCGCGGGCUUCCUGCGCGGCGCCGCCGUCGCCCCGGUAGCCGUGGCCGCCCCCGCCGUCGUGGCUGCUCCCGCCCACGCUGUGGUCGCCGCCCCCGCCCCCGCCAUCGUCGCCCCCGCCCCCGCCGUCGUCGCUGCCCCCGCACUCGUGGCGGCGCCAGCGCUGCACCCUGCUCCCAUCCCCGUCGCAGCACAUCUGCCUGUGGCUGCGCCCGUUCUCAAGAUUCAUUAACACGUGAAUAUGUACCGCUCUGCAGAGCUGAUGAAAUAAAUAGUACUGAGAUCGCA